UGGGACUUGAACCUGCAGUAAUUGCAAGCAGCUGCUGUUAAUAACAGACUGUCUUAGCAGUCUGAGCCACCAGAGGCCUUUGGGAUUUAGUCAGGCCGGCCACAUGACCACGGAGACGUCUUCAGACAGCGCUGACUCUUCGGCUUUGAAACGGAGAUGAGCACCGCCCCCUAGAGUCAGCAACGACUAGCAUAAGACAAUGCUCAGAAGGCAUUGAAGAUUUGGGCCGGGGGUCCUGACAGCGUGAAGGGCUUGUUUCCUGGUUAUGGUAACAUUAUGAAUUAUAAUAUUUCUCGGCAUUUAUAAACACAAUAUAACACAAUGUAGUGGAGUGGUUAGAUUGCACUACUGCAGGCUCCUUCUACUUCUGCUGACCACCGGCUGCCAGCAGUUCGAGUGUCACCGGCUCAAGGUUGACUCAGCCAUCCACCCUUCCAAGGUUGGUAAAAUGAGGACCCAGAUUUUUGGGGGCAAUAUGCUGAUUCUGUAAACCGCUCAGAGAGUAAAGCACUGUGAAGUGGUAUAUAAGUCUUAAUGCUAUUGCUAUGAGCUCACUGGAGCUGGGCAGCCAAAAAAAUUAAAUAUAUAAUAAUAAAUGUCUAGAAGUUCAGGUAAAAGGCAGUGCAGAGCCAAGCUUAGCGAAUCUUUAAAAACAACACAGGGUAAAACUCUGUUAGAAGCUAGAUGGCAUGGUGUCAAGAAAUAACAGUUGUCCUUACUGUAUUAUACAAAUUUGGGGGAGAAAAGGCGGUAGCAAAUAAGUUCUACAUUGUUGCCAAUAAAGCCUAAAUGGAUGGAUACCUAAAGCUGUUAGGGAUCAAGAUAAAGUUGAAGGGGACUUUAUAAUUGGAAAACCCAGUUCCUCUUCAAUGGGAAGAAAUGAUUGUGAAAUAAUAUAAAGUUACAAUCAGAUGAGAUUUACGGUAUGCAUCUAAAUAACUGAAAGAAUUGUUGAAAAAAAUAGACACAUACUGUAGUUGCUUAAUGAGACAUAUUACUGCUAUUAUAGCUGCAUGAAAAUGUCUUGGAGUUCAAAGGUUAUGCAUAUAAUAUCAAAUAUCAAAUUCUACUUCCUUUUAGGCGACUGAGUCUUGAAUAAUAGAAGAGAAAGCAUUGGUAUCGGUUUCUGAAGAAACUACUCUUAGAAAAAUAAGACAGAAAUAUCUGAACAUGAACAACUCAGUGACGUUUGAAGAACAAACAAAACAAAUUGCGGAAGAAUUAUUUACUACUCUUUACUCAAGGAAGCAAUAUCCUCUCCAGGCUAGAAAAAUGAUCAUAAUUGAAGACCUAGAACUAACAAGAUACAGGACCUGGACAAGUGUACCAGCAGACUCAGAAUUGAUAAGACACAGGGCCCAGGCAAGUGGGCCAGCAGUUGAUUCUGCAAGCAGUUUUGAUCCAGUUGAUAUUGCCAUGUUAUUGGGAUCCAUAAGAGAUCAGUACAAAACAGAGAUGGAGGGCCAAGUACAAGCAGUUAUUGCAGAGGAAAGCAUAACAACGAUAAAGAAAUGUGGAGAAGUAGCAGAAUCUCUCAGCAGGAAUUGGAUCAGUCAAACUCCUGGGCUAGAGCCUGAAAGAGCUUUUCUAGCUGUUGCUGUGAAAUUGUUUGAGAAACUUAUAAAUGAAACUCAUGGAGAUAAGGGCCAGAUAAACAUACUUACGGAAACAAUAAAUGGAAAUCCUGAAGUGAGAAGCUAUAUUGAAAGGCAAGGUGGUUGGGAUAAUCUUGGUGUCUAAACAGCCCAUAGUUUCUUGGUUUCAAUAUGAAGAAUCCAUCUGAUAUUUUGGAAUAAAUAGAGCUGGAGAGUUACUUCAAAACUGGAAAUGGAAUUGCAAAUGAAUUGAAAAGGCUAUAUACAAUUUGUAACG